GAUUCUAACCCCAUCCUCAGUACACCACACUGCCAUGAUGACGGCCCACAGCUGUGCUCAAAGCCCUCACCAUCUCCUCUUGCCAGAGGCCCACCCUGUCAGCAUCUCCAGCCUAGGCCAUCAAGCUGCCUUCCCCCCCUCCCCGGCCCGGUAGCCAGGCCUUUCUGUCUGCGGCUGACUUCACAAUAGCCCUGCUGCAGGUCAUGUGGGGGGGGGGGGCGCCCUGCAGCCCACCACUGGCCUCAGGUAGCUUGGCCUAGGCACUACGAUGUUCAUCUGUGUCAAACACGGAGGUGAGGCCCCAUGCUGGGCGCUGGCUGGGAGAAGGUGUUGGAUGUGCUGCAGCCAUCACUGGGAGGCUGGGUCGUGGUGAGGUGAGGGGGCAGGACUCCGGUUAGCUCUACAAGGGGGUAGGCCUGAGUUCUCCGCUGGGGUCUCUCUUGGGCUUCCAGAGCCCCAAAGGAUCCACCUCAGCCUUGCAAGCCUGGGCUGCAGGAGCACCGCAGGGCACAGCUUGUCCUGGGCUAAGAGACAGUUCCCAGGUGCCAGCCCACCAAGAGAGCAGAUACAGAGCCGCUGGCUGGGCUGGUGUGGCCAAACCAUGGGCACUGGGGCAUUCCCCAUGCUCAGUCUGAGCCCACGGGGAGUUUGGCUGGUGAGCCCUGCACUGGCUAGUGUUGCUGGGCACUGGGAGUCAUGCUCUCGCCCCAGCAUGUGGAUGGGCCUAGCAAGGCGGGGGCAGCAGCCUGCAGAUAGCUCCCACCUGCAGCAUCAUUUCCCCCAGGGCAUAGCCCUGAGGCCAUGCCCAGCCCUGGGUCAAGCACUGCCUCAUCCCUUCCAGAGAACCAGCAGUUUCUGGCUAACACCUGCUGCUCUGUCCUCCUGCUGCUGCACUACCUGAGGAGUAAGGUGGGGCUCCGGAGAACAGAAGCCAUUGACCUGUGCGACGAACAGGGCACCCUCAAGCUGCUCUUCCUGGUCAAGCUCCCCAGCGACAGCGCCAGCAAGUUCCUUUCGCCCCGAGGGACCUAUUACGUGUGCCGGGUGGAGCGUGGAGCCCCAGGGACCAAACAGGAAAACGCCUAUCGCGCCUUCACCCCAGUCCUCAAGGACCCUGAACCAGAGCUGCUGGAUGCCUUGCACACACAGUGCGAGUUCCUGGAAAAGAGCCGUCUCAAGCUGCUGAAGGCCCAGGAUGGGAAGAAGAUCCAGACCAUGGAGUCGCUGAUUUCCAUGGUGCCCUCCCAGAUCUCAGGAAAGCUCACGGGGAGGCCUGGUCAGGGGGCAGCUGGAGCUGCCGACGAAGAGGGUGCCCCACGAAAAGCAGGACCAUCCCCCAAAAUCAAACCAGAGGCCAGCAAGAAGGAGAAGCAUCGCUGAGCCUGAAAUAAAAGCGUGGUGGCACUUUCCUUGCA